GCCGCCCGUGGUUUUCACUCUUCUAAGACAGCACCAUGUGGUCUCUUGUCUCAUGAGUCCAAUAAUUUCUCUAGCAAAUGAAUUUCAAGAAGCUCUUGAAACUAUAAAUACACUUUCCUCCUUUACAACUUCACAAUUCAGCCAAGCAAACAAACAAACUUAGAUACUUUUUUCUUACAUCUGAAAAACUCGACCUAUUCUUCAAAACAUUUGAAAUGGGUUUCCGUUUACCUGCCAUUAGACGUGCUUCUUCAAAAGCUGUGAAUGUCCCAAAAGGAUAUCUUGCAGUCUAUGUUGGAGAAAAAAUGAAGCGGUUUGUGAUCCCUAUGUCUUACUUGAACCAACUGUCAUUUCAAGACUUGCUGGGUCAAGUAGAGGAAGAAUUUGGAUACGAUCAUCCGAUGGGUGGCCUCACAAUUCCUUGCACAGAAGAUGCUUUCUUGCAUAUCACUUCUCGCUUGAAUGGACUAUAAAUCCGAUCCACAACAGAAAUAGAGAGACUGACAUAGAGACAUUUUGUACAAUAGUCAUCAUUUAGAUUUGUAAAGAUUUUUUCCCCUUUCCUACCUUUGGAAAGGGAUAGAAAUUCCAUUUGAAUGAAAAAUUCAGGAACAUAUAUAUUUGUUAUUGUUUAUUUCUAAUCAAAUGACAUCAUAUA